CUGGGAUGGUUCAUUACAAUCUUUCAGCGAAUUUCUGAAAUGCUGGGAAAACGUUAGCUAAGUUUUUUGCUGCAGACAGGUUUGCCCUCCUGACUUAAGCCUACCUAAAACAGCAGACAGGCAGAGUGGUCUCCAGGAGGAUGCUCGGGCAGGAUGUGCUCCAGCCGGAAGAUUCUGUGGAGUCUGCUGUUACUGUCAGUGUUGGAGGUGGGGCUAGGCGUCGCCAGUAUCGUCCUGGGAGCAGUGGGGAUUAGCCGUGUCAGGGAGGAGCACAAGCCGCUGCAAGGAGACGCUUCUCCGGUUUGGAGUGGCCUGUGUUUUCUAAUCUGUGGGAUGUGUGGAGUCCUGUGUGCUAAGAAGAGGACUGGACUCAUUAUGAUUCUGUUCUCAGCCUGCUGUAUCUGUGGUCUGAUUGGGGGGAUUCUCAACUUCCAGUUUGUUAGGGCGUUGUCACGGCGACCAGACUCUCUCCGCUCCCUGCAUCUAGCAGCCAUGACCAUUGCCUGCCUGGGGAUCUCUUCCUGUACUCUCUCCACCUGGUUGACCUGUCGCCUGGCCAGUUCAGAACAACAGAGAAUGUUCCUGGAGAGGGAACACUCAUUGCAUCACUCCCAUGAGAUGGCUGAAAAGGAACCAUGCACGCACGGAUCUUUUGAGAUCCUGGACAACUCCAGCAACGGGAUUCCUCAGAUCUCCUACAAUGGCAACACCACGUCUCUUUGACAACAUAUACACUAUGUUUCCCUGACAAUGGACACACCUUGUUGCCCUGACAAUGGACACACCUUGUUGCCCUAACAACAGCACACCUGGAUCCACAGCACAUCCAAGAGCUUUGAAAAGUCACUCACAGCAGCUGCUGGAGAACAACGCAUAUGGGAUUUCAGCACGAAUGGAUCUUCAGCAAUGAAUGAUUUUCUUGGAUAAUUUGUUACUAGAUCUGAUAGUUAGACAAAUGCAUAUGACCUCUGACCUUAUGGACCGGAUGAACAGACGUACAGUCAGACACUUUAAACAGAGGAGACCAAAACAAGCGUGCAAUCAAUUCCAAUGUUUAAAAUCUUACUCUCUCUCCUUUCUCUGUCUCUCUCUCUCUCUUUACUCUGCAUCUGACUGUAUGAAGAGAGGUAUUUGAUAUAUGAAGAACAGUGCUUAAGCUAUCUGAUGUAGAGCUGAAUAAGGAAUGCUUUAAAAUAUCAAUAGGUCAAAGACAUCCAACAAUGCACACUGUAAAUCAGUGGUGCCCAACCCUGCUCAUUGGGAGCUGGGUGCAGGUUUUUGCUCAAGCCCUGCACUAACACAACUACUUACCAAGUAGUUCAUCAGGAGGAGGGUGGGACACCCACGUUGUAUAUUAAUGCUUGUAUAUCAGGAAAACAGGGAUUAUUCUAUGGAGUUAUGAUAUUUUUCUAUAGCCUUCUUAUAAAACAAAUAUUAAACUAUGGUAAAUGAGAGAAACUAGUGA